AUGGGAAUAGUGUCCCAAAAGAGGUAUGGGUCACCGCUUAGAGAGCCUUGGACUCUGAUCUAUGGCUUCUGGCGAUUCUUUGUUUCCCAGCGAACGAUACACCAUGUCUACACUCCUGCUACCAAGCAUCCCAACGGCGCCCGCCUUCUCUCCCUCGAUGGAUGUGGUGUCCGAGGCGUCGUGGCCCUGGAGGUCCUCGCCGAAGUAAUGGACCGGGUGAGGAGAAAGAAGGGCCUGACUGAGCCCUACCGUCCUGCCGACUACUUUGAGCUUGCAGCCGGAACUAGCACAGGUGGCAUCAUCGGUAUCAUGCUCUUUCGGUUUCGCAUGACUGCCGAGGAUGCUAUCAAGCAAUACGACGUGAUUGCGUCGCAAGUCUUUAGCCCAAAGGUCUACGGAUGGAACAUUGGCUGGAUGCCCACGUUUCUUUCUUCCACCAUCAACAACAGCAAGACCCUCGUGCAGAGCAGCCGUUUUGACGAUGCUUCGUUGAAGAAGGCUGUGGAUGGCGUCGUCGAAAAGUUUGGGCUGGAUGAGAACGACAGGAAGCUCAAGGGAGAUGCGCCCCUGCAACAUCCCGGAUCUGCCAGAAUUUUCUGCUGCACAACCGCCCAGAACCGGGCCGAGACUGUUCUUCUUCGAACCUACAAGGAUAACAACAUCUACUGCAGUUCCAAGACAAAUGACACCAUGGCCUUGCAUCAGGACAAGGUAACAAUCAGCCUUGCCACCCGCGCAACUUCUGCUGCACCCACAUACUUCCCUGAAGUCACCUUCCCCGAGGGCACUCCCAAGAGCAAGGACAAUGAGCGGCUGCCCCACGAACCACCACCAGCAAUCUCGUGCGUCAUCAGCCUUGGAACCGGCUACACAAAGCCCGACUCCCCCUCAGAAUCAUGGUUCCAGCUCGUUGGCGUGGCAGCCGAGGUUAUGGAGUUCUCAACCAACACCAACGCCAAGGCCAAGGAUUUCACCUGCCACAUGACUACACUCAACCUGCGAGGCGAGCACAAAGACACCAAGCACGUCAGGCUCAACCCAACUCUUGGGGAAAGCGAGAUUGGCCUCGCCGAUUACACAAAGAUGAAGGAGCUGAAGGCCAUGGCUCAAAAGUAUCUCACCGACAAGAGGAAUCAGGAGUGGAUCAACAAGGCCGUAGCCGCCAUCUGUGCUUGA